GCUCAUUUCGGCGGUGACGGGCCGCAAGUUUGCACAGUGAAAGAGAAGGAUAUUGAAUACUAUAUUAUCGCAAAAUGAUGAACGAUCGUAGUUGGAAUCUGCUGCAGUAUGCCACCGAGAGGGCGCCCCUCCCCAUGGAUGGGUACACCGCCGAGGAGGCGGAUCAGUUCAAGGACAGCAUCAGGCAGAAGAUAGUAGAUGAUCUGAAGUCGAUGACGGGGGAGGAGCUGAUUGAGCUGGUCAAGCAGAAUGCCGCCAAGGUGGAGGAGGAGAAGCUGGGGGAGGAGAAUCCUGUCAAGGAACCCCUUUCCGGCACUGAGGAGGGCAAGGAGCGGGUUCAGGAUGAUGCGGAUCUGAUAGAUGCCGGCAUUAUAGCCGAAAUGGUCGCCGGACUCUGCACCAAAAGUCAGAAGGAGACGUUCAUCAAGGUGAUAACGAAGUAUAUCAGCAGUCAGCGACGCCACUAUUCGAUGCGGCCCCACCGGGAGCAGGAGCAGCGAAAUGCGGAGGAUGUGCUAUUCGACAUGUUCGCCAGCGAGGAGACGGGCCUCAUCUCGAUGGGCAAGUUCCUGGCCGGACUCAAGACCACUGGCAUUCGCAGGAACGAUCCGAGGGUGCGAGAGCUGAUGGAUAACCUGAAGAAGGUGCACAAAUUGAACAACUACGAGACCGGCUCUUCGGCAGAGACUCAGCAUCUCAAUCGGGAGACCUUCAAGGCUGUGGUGGCUCCGAAUAUUGUGUUGAUCGCCAAGGCCUUCCGGCAGCAGUUUGUGAUCCCCGACUUUACCAGUUUCGUCAAGGACAUCGAGGACAUCUACAACCGCUGCAAGACCAACACCCUGGGCAAGUUGGCCGACUACAUUCCGCAGCUGGCUCGCUACAACCCCGAUUCCUGGGGCCUGAGCAUCUGCACCAUUGACGGGCAGCGCUUCUCCAUCGGCGACGUGGACGUGCCCUUCACCCUCCAGAGUUGCAGCAAGCCACUCACCUACGCCAUCGCCCUGGAGAAGCUGGGGCCCAAGGUGGUGCACUCGUAUGUGGGCCAGGAGCCCAGUGGCAGGAACUUCAACGAACUCGUCCUGGAUCAGAACAAGAAACCGCACAACCCGAUGAUCAAUGCGGGCGCCAUACUCACCUGCUCCCUGAUGAACGCCCUGGUCAAACCCGACAUGACCUCCGCCGAGAUCUUUGACUACACCAUGUCCUGGUUCAAGCGGCUGUCCGGCGGAGAGUACAUUGGCUUCAACAACGCCGUAUUCCUGUCCGAACGCGAGGCCGCCGACAGGAACUACGCCCUGGGCUUCUACAUGCGGGAGAACAAGUGCUUCCCCAAGCGCACCAACCUGAAGGAGGUGAUGGACUUCUACUUCCAGUGCUGCUCCAUGGAGACCAACUGUGAGGCAAUGUCGGUGAUUGCAGCCAGUUUGGCCAACGGUGGCAUCUGUCCCACCACCGAGGAGAAGGUGUUCCGGCCGGAAGUAAUCCGGGAUGUGCUCUCGAUCAUGCACUCCUGCGGCACGUACGACUACUCCGGUCAGUUCGCCUUCAAGGUGGGUCUGCCGGCCAAGUCCGGCGUGAGCGGCGGCAUGAUGCUGGUCAUUCCCAACGUGAUGGGCAUCUUUGCCUGGUCCCCGCCCCUGGAUCACCUGGGCAACACGGUGAGGGGCCUGCAGUUCUGCGAGGAGCUGGUCUCCAUGUUCAAUUUCCAUCGCUACGACAACCUGAAGCACCUGUCCAACAAGAAGGAUCCGCGAAAGCACCGCUACGAGACCAAGGGUCUGUCCAUUGUGAAUCUGCUCUUUUCAGCCGCCAGCGGAGAUGUAACGGCCCUGCGUCGCCACCGUCUCUCCGGGAUGGACAUCACCCUGGCGGACUACGAUGGUCGUACCGCCCUGCAUCUGGCCGCCUCCGAGGGUCAUUUGGAGUGCGUCAAGUUCCUCUUGGAGCAGUGCCAUGUGCCGCACAACCCCAAGGAUCGCUGGGGCAACCUGCCCGUGGACGAGGCCGAGAACUUCGGGCACAGCCAUGUGGUGGAGUUCCUGCGCUCCUGGGCGGAGAAGGCCGACCAGUCCAACGAGGAGUGUCAGCCCGAGGCGGUGAUAAGCAAGACACAAGCCGAUGAGGUCAGUUCAAGUCCAAGUUCAAGUCUAGGCCGGAUGCCAAGCCCGUCUGUUGAGAAGCCCAAGCUGAAUUCCAAUCUCACUUUCCAGGAAAUCUGCAGCACGAGCGACCUGGAGACCAGUCCGGCCACCAGUCCCAUUCCCACGCCCGUGGAAUCUGGAUCCAGGGCGGGAUCAGGGCGAUCCAGCCCGGUGCCAUCGGAUGCGGGAAGUACGGCGAGCGCCGGAAGCGCCAGCAGCAUCGAUGACAAGACCAAGCCUGGAUUAUAAGAGCCCAGAGAUCGAGGAUCCCCGCAGAAUCUCUCCGACUAAAUUAUUCGCACAACCUUUUAGUUUAUAUACGACGUAUUAGAUUAAAGAUAAGAGUACCCGAAAGUACGCUGGUCGGUUAGUCCUAUAUAAUUUGUAGUAGUCAUCCCACGUGCAAGGCGUGGUCCUUCCAGCCGGAUCCGCUGCACGAGCGGCAUUUGUACUUGUACUUAGUAGAGCUUAGUUAGCCUCAAUAUUCCAGGGUAUCCUACGAGACAAUGACAAUAAUCUUAACGAAUAUCUACUAACCCACAAUUCGGGGUCUGUGACCCGCCUAAAUGUAUUGCAUUCGUACUUGUCAAUUGAUAUUUGUAUGCGUUUGUAAGUGUAUUAAUUAUCCUGUUCCAAAAAUGUCGAGCUAUGUGCCGGCAUACUUGAUCGCAGUUGAAUAUAUAGUUAGUUGAAAAACACAAAAUAUGUGGCAUAUCUUUACUUAAA